CAGUUAAUUCAUCCACAGCCAUGGCAUCGAACGGCGGUUCUACCUAUUUUCAGCGGGCAAGCCUGUUCUGGAUGGUUGUCAUUGCUCUGUCCAUGGGAUUCUUCGCGUGGACAGUUUUCUGGCCUGCAACAGUUCCUUAUAAGAUCUUGGGUCCGUUAGGAUCCUUUGCAGCAUACAUGGUGAAAAACCACCCCACACUCCUGUAUUAUGGGUUUUGGGGGGCAUGGAUAGUGCACCUUCUGGAAGCUGUAUAUAGUGCCUGGCUUUGCAGAUCUAAAGGAAUUACAGAGACCAGUGUGCAAGCCCUUUGGGUCGUACAGACUUUUUUCUUUGGAAUAUCAUCUCUCUCACUGCUUCUUGCAUACAAUCCUGGGUUAACAAAGAAAAUGAGAUAGAAAUCUGAGCAUAGCAAGGGGACAUAAUAUUAAGCAGUACACCAAACUGAAAAUUCCCUGUGCAGCAAGAUGAAUACUGUGGUUAGCAACUGACCAUGUGUUAUGUGCCUUUCAAUUUCCAAUGUCCCCUAUUCACACUACUGAAAUAAAGCAAAAGAUGAGCAUAUUGACUGAGAUAGGUUUAUUUUAUUGUAUGUGUUUUAUCUGAUGAAAAUGGAAGUGUUCCUUAAUAAUCUGCCUAAUAUCCUGUUAUUUCACAUUUUAUUAUUUUAAUGCUUAAGGCACAGUAUGUUGUAAAUACAGCUCUAAAUUUACUUUAAUAGCAAAAAUGAAAAGUUAAUUCUAGUGUCACUUAAUGGAAAAAAGAAACUUUCUAGAUAUAUUAAUUGUAGUGAAGUUUUACUUGAUUAUUUCAGGAACAGUAGAGAAAUUUCAAAUUAAUUAUAUUUAUACAGUUUCUUAUUUCUGUGACAUAAAGCUUAUGUUAAAUGUUAGUUUUCAUGAUAGUUCCCCUAAAAUUUUUUAUAAAUAUGUUUGAAAUAGUUAUUCAUCUACUGUGAAUGAGCCCUUCCUUAUCUAGCUGGAACUCUACCUCCUUUUAUAAAACUGAGCUUUCUUUCUCACAUUCUUACUGGUGCAACAAAGGUUAAAGGAGUGUGUUGCACUUUUAUUGUGGGUUAAUGUGUGGUUUUUUAAGUGCACCCUUUUUUAGGUAGGACAAGCUAAUUAUUAAUUAUAGGUUAAUUUGGGUAAGGGUUGUUUACUUUUAAAUGUGAGCAUGUGCUAUUGGGUGUCAUGGGUGUGUUCUUUGUUUUUCUAACAGAAUGUAUUAAGAUCUCUUGCCUCAGAGCUUGAGACUUGCAGAGGCACGUUAUACUUGCAAUCUGUUUUUUAUAUUCCGAGGUUAUAAAUUCUUGUUUUGUACUAUAAUCUUGCUCACUUGUCCAUUGUUUGAAUAAGUGAUCAACAAUUGUGUACUGAAUAAACGUUUUCUGCUGA